UUUCGAUACUGUGUAAGUAAGUGCCACUGUUAAGCAAAGGCAGUGAAUAAACAAUUUAUUAAAUACACAAAUAUUGCAAAUAAUUAAAUAAAAUGGCUCGCAGAUAUGACACUCGUACGACAAUAUUCUCUCCGGAGGGACGUUUGUACCAAGUGGAGUACGCGAUGGAAGCGAUUAGUCACGCAGGAACCUGUCUGGGAAUUUUAGCGAACGACGGGAUCCUGUUAGCAGCUGAGCGACGAAACACAAACAAACUCCUUGACGAGGUAUUUUUCUCCGAGAAAAUCUACAAGCUCAACGACGACGUUGUCUGCUCAGUCGCCGGGAUAACAUCCGACGCAAAUGUGCUGACAAACGAGCUGAGACUGAUCGGGCAAAGAUACUUGCUCCAGUACGGCGAAACAAUUCCCUGCGAGCAGUUGGUGUCAUGGCUGUGCGAUGUCAAGCAAGCCUACACCCAGUUCGGUGGCAAGAGACCUUUUGGAGUUUCAAUUCUCUACAUGGGUUGGGACAAGCACUACGGCUACCAGCUGUACCAGUCCGACCCCAGUGGAAACUACGGAGGCUGGAAGGCCACCUGUAUCGGGAACAAUUCCGCAGCAGCUAUUUCUUCACUUAAACAGGAGUACAAAGAGGGAGAGACCACUUUGAAGGAUGCUCAGGCUUUGGCGAUCAAAGUUUUGUCCAAGACUCUUGAUAUGACUAAACUCACUGCUGAAAAAGUUGAAAUGGCGACAUUGACACGUGAGAAUGGCAAAACAAUAACAAGAAUUUUAUCAGCUGGUGAAGUCACAGCUCUGAUAAAAGAACAUGACCGACUAGAGGCACUUGCCGAGCAAGCUAAAAAAGAAAAACAAAAGCUCUAAUUUUUUAAUUCCGAUAUUAAUAUUAAUUAUAAUAAAUAUAAAUACAUUACGCUCUGGUUCGUAAGUUUUUCACAAGGUAAUUAAAUUCGUUUUUUUUUUUUUUUCAUUCUCAUUAAACAAAAUAAAAUUUAUUAAACCAA